AUGGUGGCCUUCGUUCUGCUGCCCCUCUUCGUGGCCCUCUUCGCCUGUUGGACCCUCUUCUCCAGAGAGAUCCACGUCGCCCCUCCAUUCUCUGCCAAUCCACAAUCUGUGCUGGUACCCAAAUUGCUGGAGCGAUUACGCUCUCGAUUUGAAGAUGACGAAUUCGAUGAGACGAAGGAUCUGACGGCACCGCACGCCGUUCCGGUCGAGGUGUGGUCGCUCCCGCUGUCGUCAUCUUCAACUACCGAUGAAGGACAGGUGGGCCACGACUUCGCCACCGCGUGUCUCGCCGAGGGCAAGCCUCGCCUCAUCCGCAACUCGCCCGUGAAGGCGUGGCCGGCGAUGCGCAGGUGGGCGCCCGCCACCAACCACCAAGCCGACGACUUUGCCGCGUCGCUCGGGGCCGACGGUCCGCUGAAGGUCCACGUGAGCGGCCUGCCGACGGUGCGCAUGCACAGCGGCGUGCAGCCGAUGGGCACACUUCCCGGCCUCGAGUGGCACCGACCAUGGACCGAGGAGCUGAUGACGUCGGACGAGUUCAUGGCGCUGUCGCGCGGGAACAAGGGCGGCGACCAGCGCAAGUUCGCCUACUUCUUCAGCAGCCUCGACGCCCUGCCGGCCUCGGUUCAGGUCGACGUGGGCGACCAGUCGUUUCUUACGGUGGGGUGGCGGCUGGUGUGGGAAACGAACGUGUGGGUGGGCGGCCCGCUCAUCCGCACGCCCACCCACUACGACCUGCUCCACAACUUUUACGUCCAAGUCCAAGGACACAAGAGGUUCCGGUUGUACUCGCCCGAGCAGUGGCCGUACCUCUACCUGUUCCCCCGAUUGCACCCCUCGACCCGCAUGUCGCAGGUGGACCCGGCCGUACUGGAGCAGUCCGGCGUCAACGUCUCCUCCGCGUUCCCCGAUUACGCCAAGAUGCGGCCGCACGAGGUCGUGUUGCAUCCCGGUGACGUGCUCUACCUGCCCCCGUACUGGUUUCACGAGGUGACGGUGGUGGGCGACGACGUCAGCAUCUCGGUGAGCGUGCACACCGAAUCGGACGAAGUAGCUCUGCGCGAGGCGGUGAUGCAGCAUCCGAUCCCCGUGCAUACGGACUGGCCCACCGAUAUCAAGAUCAAGGCGCUGGCCCACUAUCUACACCUGGUCACCGCCGACCCUCUCAUCAACCUCGACUACGCCAGCGGCAGCGAGGCUCAAGGCCCCGACGGCGGGAAUCGGUUCAUCGCCGCGCUGGUGAAGACGCGCUACGCGCACUUUGGGCUGGACCCGUGGGUCGACGGGCUGGCGGCGGGCGUCGACGAAGCCGAGCGCGAGUGGCGCGAAAUCGAACGGUGGGAGCUGGGCCGGGAGGACGACGCCGAAGACUUUGCCCUCUGCCUUGACAACGCCGAGCUCGGGCGACAUUUGGAGCGCCACGCGAGUGACCUCAAGCAGAAGCUCGGCCGCUGGCUUUCCACACCGCACGCACACAUCGAAAUUGGCAACUGGGUCGAGGACAUCUCCUCGCACCUACUCGGCCCACUCAGCGUGGGACCCUUCCUGCGCAUGCUGGCCACCCACGCGCCCAGCGCGGCCUGCUGA